CCCGCCCCUGCGCGCCGAAGCCGAUCGCGGCCGAGCCCCGGCGCGGCCCGGCGCGAUGCUGCGGUGCAUGCCGCCGCUCUGGCGCUGCAACCGGCACGUGGAGGCGCUGGACCGGCGGCACUGCUCGCUGCAGGCCGUGCCCGAGGAGAUCUACCGCUACAGCCGUUCGCUGGAGGAGCUGCUGCUGGACGCCAACCAGCUCCGCGAGCUGCCCAAGCCUUUCUUUAGGCUUCUGAACCUGCGCAAACUGGGCCUGAGCGACAAUGAAAUACAGAGACUUCCCCCUGAGGUUGCCAACUUCAUGCAGCUGGUGGAACUGGACAUCUCCCGUAACGACAUUCCAGAAAUUCCUGAAAGCAUCAAAUUCUGCAAAUCCUUGGAGAUCGCAGACUUCAGCGGGAAUCCCCUCUCCAGACUUCCUGAGGGUUUCACACAGUUGCGGAGCCUGGGCCAUUUGGCCCUGAAUGAUGUGUCCCUGCAGAGCCUCCCUAAUGACAUUGGAAAUUUAGCAAACCUGGUGACUUUGGAACUACGUGAGAACCUGCUAAAGACUCUACCAACUUCACUCUCAUUCCUUGUCAAGUUAGAACAGUUGGAUCUUGGUGGCAAUGACCUGGAAGUACUGCCAGAUACUCUGGGAGCGCUACCAAACUUGCGCGAGCUUUGGUUAGACCGGAACCAACUCUCAGCCCUGCCUCCAGAGCUGGGUAAUCUCCGCCGUUUGGUCUGUCUGGAUGUGUCAGAGAACAAACUAGAGCAGUUGCCCAAUGAGGUCAGCGGGCUAGUAGCACUGACAGACUUGCUUCUGUCACAGAACCUGUUGGAAUGCAUUCCAGAUGGGAUUGGUCAGCUGAAGCAGCUCUCCAUCCUCAAGGUGGACCAGAAUCGGCUGACAGAGGUGACAGAGUCAAUUGGGGACUGUGAAAAUCUGUCGGAACUCAUCUUGACAGAGAACAUGUUGACAGCCUUACCAAAGUCCCUUGGGAAGCUGACCAAGCUGACGAACCUGAAUGUGGAUCGGAACCGACUAACAUCCCUUCCAGCUGAGAUUGGAGGCUGUGCCAAUCUGAAUGUGCUGUCCUUGCGAGACAAUCGCCUGUCCCUCCUGCCAGCAGAGCUUGCCAACACCACCGAGCUUCACGUCCUUGAUGUGGCUGGGAACAGACUACAAAACUUGCCGUUUGCUUUGACGAAUCUUAACCUGAAAGCCCUGUGGCUGGCAGAAAAUCAGUCCCAGCCCAUGCUGAAAUUCCAAACAGAGGAUGAUGAAAAGACAGGAGAAAAAGUUCUCACUUGUUACCUGCUUCCCCAGCAGCCUUCUCCUAGCCUAGAGAAUCUUUUGCAGAACAGUGUGGAUGAGAGCUGGACAGACACCAAUUUAAACAGAGUCAGUGUGAUUCAGUUUCUGGAUGAACCCAAAGUGGAUGAUGAAGAGGAGUCUGGAGCUGAGAGACGGGGCCUACAGCGCAGAGCAACCCCUCAUCCCAGUGAGCUGAAGGUUAUGAAGAAAGUGAUUGAAGUUCGGCGCAAUGAGGUACAUGCUGCAAAACCUGGCACAGACCUGAAUUCACCUAAGUCAGAAGAGAAAAGACUGAGUGCCACAUCAAAUCGCAGUGAGGACUCACACCUUUCUAACAGCACCGCCUCUGCUGACUUCAGGGGAGAGGAGCAGGGAGAGGAGGGACAAAGGAGCUGGCCAAAUGGGCAGCUGUCUGAGAUGCAGGAGCCGGAGAAGGUAGUAAAGCCAAAAGCUGAAGAGGAGCAUAAAGAAGCAGCUGUCCAAGAGGAGGAAGAUGUAGAAGUGGAAUACAAUGAGCCCACUGUACACUUUGCUGAGGACACACUAAUAAGGAGUGAAGAUGAGGAUGAAGAUGAAGAGCGACCAUUCCCAGUGGAGAAACAGAGGCUUAUCCGCAAGGACACACCCCAUUAUAAGAAACACUUUAAGAUAACUAAACUGCCCAAGCCAGAGGCAGUGGUGGCACUCCUACAGGGGCUGAACAGUGAUGGAGUCCCAAAAGAGGAAGAGGAGCUGGGAAGCCGCAAUAACAAUGUGGAGCCUGAGGAUCAAGAGGAAGCAUGGGAUGAGGAUGACAGAAAAAAUGGAGCUUUAUCUGCUCAGCCAUCAGUGAAGGGGGUGUCGUUUGAUCAAGCCAAUAAUCUGCUGAUUGAACCUGCUCGCAUUGAGGAGGAAGAGUUGACAUUGACAAUCGUGCGGCAGACAGGGGGGCUGGGCAUCAGCAUCGCAGGGGGCAAGGGCUCCACCCCCUAUAAGGGUGACGAUGAGGGCAUCUUUAUUUCCCGUGUGUCAGAAGAGGGACCUGCAGCUCGUGCAGGGGUUCGUGUUGGGGACAAGCUUCUGGAGGUGAAUGGCGUAUCCUUGCAUUGUGCUGAGCAUCAUGUGGCAGUGGAAGCUCUGCGUGGAUCAGGAAGCUCUGUCUCCAUGACAGUCCUGCGGGAGCGGAUGGUGGAGCCAGAGAAUGCCAUCACCGUCACACCGCUUCGCCCUGAGGAUGACUACAGCCCUCGUGAGAGGCGAGGUGGCCUACGCUUCCCAGAGCGGCCUGAGGGGGCACCUCCCACGGAGAGAUACUCCACCUGCCUUAUGCGCAAUGAGAAGGGUCUGGGCUUCAGCAUUGCUGGUGGCAAAGGUUCCACACCCUACCGGGCUGGUGACACGGGGAUCUUUAUCUCACGAAUUGCAGAGGGUGGUGCAGCCCAUAGGGACGGGAUCCUGCAUGUAGGAGACCGGGUCAUCUCGAUCAAUGGGGUAGACAUGACAGAAGCCAGGCAUGAUCAGGCAGUAGCGCUGCUUACCGCAUCCUCCCCCACCAUCGUGCUGCUGGUAGAGAGAGAGGGUGCAGAGCAGCUCAGCGAGGGAGACUCACCAGGCGUGCCACGAGUGCGCAUGCACUCCCCACCACCGCCUCCCAGCCAUGGGGAGAGCCCACCUGAGGAGACACCUUCCUGCAAGGAACUGCAAAGGAACCAUCUGUCUAAAAGCCUGGAGGAUCAAUAUCCCAUUGAGGAAAUACACCUUGUAAAAGCAGGUGGUCCCCUGGGACUCAGUAUCGUAGGAGGCAGUGACCAUUCAAGCCAUCCAUUUGGGAUUCAUGAACCAGGUGUCUUCAUUUCAAAGGUCAUUCCCCGUGGGUUGGCAUCUCGCAGUGGACUCCGUGUAGGGGACAGGAUUCUGGAAGUGAAUAGUAUUGACCUGCGCCAUGCUACCCACCAGGAAGCAGUGAAUGCCCUACUCUCCAACACCCAGGAGCUGACUGUGUUAGUAAGACGCGAUCCACCACCACCUGGUAUGCAGGAAAUAUGCAUUGAAAAGGCUCCAGGAGAGAAGCUGGGCAUCAGCAUCCGGGGUGGAGCAAAAGGUCAUGCUGGAAAUCCAUUUGAUCCCACUGAUGAAGGCAUCUUCAUUUCUAAGGUGAGCUCCUCUGGGGCUGCUGCUCGGGAUGGCCGUCUGAAGGUGGGAAUGCGGAUCCUGGAGGUGAAUCAUCAGAGUUUGCUGGGAAUGACACAUACAGAAGCAGUACAGAUACUGCGAAGUGUGGGUGACACACUCUUGGUGCUGGUGUGUGAUGGAUUUGAUCCCAAGGCUGCAGCUGCCAUUGAGAUGUCUCCAGGAAUUAUUGCAAACCCUUUUGCUGCUGGUAUUGGGCGGAAGAAUAGCCUAGAAAGUAUCUCAUCUAUUGAUCGUGAUUUAAGCCCUGAAGAACUGGAGAUCCUACAAAAGGCUCCUGCGAGCGAGUCUGGGACAGGAAUUUCCCGGAGGGAAACCCCCUAUUCUCCUAGUAACCAGCAGGCUUCCAUUAAUUUCAUUGCAUCACAGGAUGAUAGUAAAUCAACCAAACCAGGUGUCAUUCAGCCUCUUUCUCGAGUGCGUCAAAAUGCUGCUUCACAUAAUUCGGAGGACAGGGACAGCCCCAAUGCCUUCCAGCAACCUGAGCCGUGCUCCAGUAUCCAGAACUCUCCAAAGCCACCUUCACCACCCUCUCCUGACGAGAUUCCCAUCAAUGUCAAGCAAGCAUACAAGACCUUUGCAGCAGUACCCUUGUCACACCCUCUGCUCGAGACACAGGUGCUGAUGCCAAGUGGACUGCACAGCCCCGAACAGCGAUCCUUCCGUGAGAGGCAGAAGUAUUUUGAAGUUGAGGUUAAGCAGCAGCAGAUGGAUAAGCCUCCCAAGCGUGUUUCUUUGGUAGGAGAGGAUGACCUGAAGAAGAUGAAGGAAGAAGAAGCUCGAAAGCUGCAGCAGAAACGUACCCUUCUGUUGGAAGAAGAAGUGGAAGAGGAUGAGAUGAUAAAACAAGUGCCUGAGAUGAGCAUGCAGUCCAGUGUCAUCAUUGAAGGAGUUGAGUACAAGUUUGAGAGGCUAAAUGGAAGGAGCAUCCAGCCUCCAGGAACUCGGUCCUCAGAGGUUAAUGAGAACAACAGUUCACAGAGGAAUUCACUGGAAGAGGCAAUGAAGCCUGAACAGAGAACCAACUCUAUAUCUGGGUUGAGUCCAUUAAAUCUUGGAGCCGGGGAUCCAGUGGCACCUGUGCGGACAGCCAAAGCUGAACGGCGGCACCAGGAGCGAUUGCGAAUGCAGAGUCCUGAGCUCCUGAGCAGUCAAGAGAAGGAGCUUUCUCCAGCAGAACGUCGUGCUCUGGAGGCAGAGAAACGAGCAAUGUGGAGGGCAGCACGGAUGAAAUCCCUUGAACAGGAUGCUCUUAAAGCCCAAAUGGUCAUUGCCAAAUCCAAGGAGGGGAAAAAACGCAGCACUCUGGAGCAGCUGGCAGAGUCACCUUCACCUGUUCCUACCCCAUCACCUACACCACUGGAAGAUUGCAGUCCCAGGAACGUCACUUCACCGGGAAGGCUGUCACCCGAUGCAGCUGAUGACCUCAGAUACAUAGAUGACAGAAAUAACUCAGUUCCUCAGGAGCAAGAUGGGCAGCCAGAUGAAGAGGAAACGUUACUAACACAUGAUUCAUCAACACCUACUGCAUCAGCACUUGAAGAAAUGGCUCUGUACAGCAGCAAACGCAAACUCCGACACAGCCGGCGCAGUCUGGAGACUGCUGUCCCAACGUAGAUGAUCUGAUGCACCUGGGUGAUAGAAUAGCCCAACACAGGGCUCUUGAACUUCCUGUGCUCCGGGAACAGCACUGCCUCCUGGACUCUGGAUGGGAACUGAGCACCCCAGGGAGCAUUGUGGUUAACUAACUUCCUUUAAGGCUGUGAACCACCCUCUUUUCUCACCCAAUAGUGCACUGGGGCAUGUCCUAAACAAAAUGGGACAACACUAGACUAAGAUGGCCAAUUGAGAGGAGGUGUGGGUAGGACAGUGAGCAGCUGCAGUUUGUUAGCCUGUAAAUAUUGGGGGGGAGGGAGGGGGUAGGACAGAGAACAUAUGAGUGUAAGAGUGUGUAGGGCUCCAGCUGUUAUUUCCUCAACUUGGAUAUUUUUUUAAAUAGUUAAUAUGGGAGCAUCUACUCUGGUAUGAAUUAGAAGGAAGUUCCAGCCUUUGCUCCUAUUUAAUUUCUAGUCUUUUGCCAAGAAGCAUCUCCUUCCACCUCCCACACUGUGUCACCUCACUUUCUUUUGGGAGUGUGUGGAAGUAGGUAGCUUGGAGGCAAAAAGAAAAAAAAAAAGGAAUUUCAGUGAAGUGCCUCCCUCUGACACUGACAACUGACUCAAGCAAAGAUGACUGAACAAGCAGGAGCCUGUGCCAGCUCUAGGAAGCACCAGCUCCAUUUCACUUGCCUCUGUGAGUGCAGCAAUCUGUCCCAUGUAGAAAAAUGCUCCUGACAGUAUUUUGUGCUAUUCUGGGAGACAGGUACCUACCUAGAGAUACACAUAAUUGUGUGCAUGCAGCGUGAACCACUCUACCUGCAUGCUGUUCUAAGUGUCAGAGGAGGCCAGGUAUCUGUCUUCUGUCCACAUCAUGUCUGAUUUGGUGAACUGCGGCAGAAAUGAGAAAGGAGUCGAAAAGGUGUAGCAAGGGUAUAGCAGUGUGCAUGUGUGACAGCAAUAGAGAGCAGAGUAGUUGGGGAUUAGGAUACGGUGGCAGAGGUAGGAGGUGUAAACAGCAGAUAAGGUAGUGGGUUAGGAUUCAGGAAAUGGGGAAGGGUAGGAAAUGGCAUUGCUGGGGUCAAGUUAGGAGUAAUAGGGUCUUACAGAUAGGAGGAUACUAGUAAGUGACUCCAUUGUGUUGCCCACUAGCUGUGAAAUGAAAUGUGAUAUUAUGAGGGGUGCUCAGUGUGGGACUCUCAAGGAGUGCCUGCUAGGCAGGGAGCACAAUGAAGUGAGAUGGAUCUGGCCUAUGCCUUGCAAUAACUACACAGUUCUGCUUUCUGCCAGCUUGUUGUCUUCAGGCCCCUGCCCACGUAGAACAGGGCAAAUACAUGCAGGAGGAAAAAAUAAAAAUGAAAAAGGAGCAGGGGUGUGAUUCCUGGUUUCCAUGAAAGGGCCGUGAACAGUCUGUAUCAAGUGAGUUCUGCAUUUGUGGAGGAGACUGACACCGCUUAUUGCUCUGAAAUCAGUCUGCUGCUCUGCUGCCCACUACUGAAGUAAAACAUCCCUUUUCUUUUUUGUGAUUUUUUUUUGGUUGUUUUUUGUCUGUUUGGGUUUUGUUUGUUUGUUUUGGUUUGUUUUUGUUAAUGCCUCCAAUAGAGAGAAAGACAUCUGAACUUGAUAGUAGUCUGAUCUGUCUACCCGGAUACAAUGGUGCUCUCUGGUGAACCAGUCCAUCAGUAAGACCAGAGUUGUAUCUUAAGCCUCUCAGUGGCUGGAUGGGGCUUGGGAGUGGCAGGCGCUUCUGCUUGUAUAUUUGCUGAAUGACUGGAUGCAUUUUUUUUAUAGUUGAAACUCUCCCUUCAUGCCAAAAUCCAGUGGAUCAUUUUUAACUGACUUCAUGUUUUAAUUUUACAGGUCUUUGAAGGGGGAACUCAGAUAAUCUCAAGCUGCAGCUAUAGCUGCUUCCAUCAUCAGCAAUUUGAGCUUUUCCUUUUUAAAUCUAAUUUUAGCAUAUGCUUUUUAACAAGAGCAAUUUUGGAAACAAUCCUGGAUUGGUUUUGGUGACUAACGUGAUUUUUUUCUUUCCCUUUGUGGUACCCGGUGCCAGGUUCUGGGUUCUCUCCCCUUCUCUCCUGAGAGACUCUGAGGGAAAAUUAGCGCAUCAAGACUGUAACUAGUGAAAUUUGUACAACCAAAGAAAUCUAUUUUGUGGUUCAAGGAUAAUAAAGUUUACUUUACAUUUU